AUGGGUUCAAGAUUUUUAUACGAAGAUUUACUUCCUUUGAUGGCUAUGGUGUCUGUAGAAUGCACAAAUGUAGGUUUAAACACUUUAUUCAAAGCAGCCUCUUUGACAGGGAUGAGUUAUUUUGUUUUCAUAGCUUACUAUUAUGCAAUUGCAACUCUUGUUCUUACAUUUAUUCAAAGCAGCCUCUUUGACAGGGAUGAAAUGGAGAAUGUAAAUAUGAGAAGGUCAAGAACUCAAGCUAAACUUAUUGGAACUAUAGUUUCAAUAUCAGUAGCAUCAGUGGUAGUUUUCUACGAAAGCUCAACAAUUUUCUCCACUUCAUCUCCAACAAACUCCAUUUCAUUUCAUUGGCCUCUUGCUUCUGCACAAUCUGACUGGCUUAUUGGUGGCCUCUUGCUUGCUAUAGGGUAUCUUCUUUAUGCACUUUGGUGCAUCCCUUCUUUAUGCACUUUGGCUGAUAUUCUGAAGAUAUGCCCAACAGAGCUGGUUGUGACAUAUCUAUACGCCUUGUGUGCGACAAUCAUAUCUGCACCAGUAUGUUUUUUGGCAGAACAGAUUUUAGAUGCUUGGCUGCUCAAAUAUGAUAUAGCAGUAGUUGCUGUUUUCUACUCAGGAAUUUUUGGGCCAUGCUAUAGCGCCAUUAUUCAUGCAUGGGGGUUACGUCGGAAGGGGCCUGUGUACAUAACAAUCUUCAAGCCAUUAUCAAUUGCUAUUUCAGCUUUUGCAGGUGUGAUAUUUCUUUGGGAUCCUCUUCAUCUUGGCACAGUUGUUGGAGCUCUGGUAAUAUCAAUCGGGUUUUACGCCGUGAUAGGGGGAAAAGCAAAUGAAGAAAUACCAAGUGAAAAAGUUACUUUCUUGCAAAUUGAUGACAUGUAG